CAUAAGCUACUGCAGCCGGCUGUUGGGUGUUCCAUUUUGAAAUGGAUGUCGUGAUGUUAAACACUCUGUUGUCGCGCCGGAGUUCGAUCCUUUAAAAGUUUGGUACUUCAAAUUUGAUAAGUACAGAUUUUUUUUUGUUCUGUUAAAUUUUAUUUAGGGAUGUGUAUGUUUGAUUGUUGGAUUAUUACAGGGAAGAGUUUCUAGAGUUUCUCCUGAUGAGAAACUAGUGAAAAAGAAACUUAUCAUAGAUGCUACGCUUUUAUGCGCUCCACGCUCUGUGUCAUCGAAGGACAAGAUAAUUUGGUCAUAUAAGAUAGAGCAAAAUGUUGCUUCUAGAGCACACUACAGUACUACACCACAUAACAACCACAUUUCACUCGCUCGCGUGGCUCAUCCAUUGCGAGGAUGAGCCGCUCCGAAUUAUAACGAACGAUAUGAAUGGCGCCUCCUCCUCCUUCCUCUCCGUUCCCCAUCACCACCACCACCGCCACCACCACUCCCCCUCCUUAACCCUAACCCUACUCCUCCCCUCCGCGCCCGCGCCCUCUCUCUGUCCCCGCCUCCUCCCCCAGAUCCCCUCCGCCGCCCCCUUCUUCUCCGCGCGCCGGGGAACCCUAGCGUGGUGGGGCCGCGAGGCGGUGACGAGGGUGGAGGAGUCGCGGCGGCGGCGGAGGAGGGGCGGCGCCGCCGCAGCCGCGCAGCCGCGGGCGAGUCGCCGGGAGACUCCGUACGAGGUGUUGGGUGUGUCGCCCUCCGCGAGUCUCCAGGAGAUUAAGAGCGCUUAUCGAAAACUCGCCCUCAAAUACCAUCCUGAUGUCAACAAGGAGCCAAAUGCUCAAGAAAAAUUCAUGCGAAUCAAGCACGCAUAUAAUACUCUAACAAAUUCGGGAUCACGAUCCAAGUUCGCAAAUAAUGGCGCGGAUUUUUCAAGAAACGCUGAAAAGAACAAAUCAAGUGUGCUGGAGGAGGAAUUCUACGGACUUGGUAAUUUUUUGAGGGAUAUUCAGAUAUCAAUAGCGGACUUCUUUCGAGAUCUACAAGCAGAAUUUCAGAACUGGGAAGCGGACAUAAAUUCACAAGAGAAACCCAAAAGCCUGUGGGAAGAGUUGGCUGAUAUUGGCGAGGAGUUUGUCGAAUUUCUUGAGAAGGAGCUCAACAUCAGCGACUCGAGUUUCGCAGAAGAGAGCAGCGGUGACGGGUAUUUUAAGGAAAAACGGUUCACCAAGCCUGAGGAGGAGAGCGGAAGCGAUAAUUCUCAACAGGAAGGAAGCAAGAGGAGCAGCAUUGAGGAUAGCAUCGAUGAGAUUGAAGCUGCUCUUGCUCAACUGAAGAAGGAACUGGGACUGUAAUGCUAUGGCUUGAGGAGCAUUUCCUCAUCAGUGAUGCACUGCGAAUCAGAGGAAAAGAGUAUCCUCUACUUGUGAAGUUACGCAUUCAUCUUGUAGAGUCACUUUCAGAGCAUGAAAAGCACAAACAUUUUAGAUUUGCUUCUUUUUUUUUUCAGUUUCCGCCGUUAACUUUCUAACUUUCCUUAUGCACUGGCCUGGGUGUUCGGCGAAGCCGGAUGUUUUUUUUUU